CCUAAUUAAUGCUUUACCGGCACUACCAAACUUUGUCAGGCAUUGACAUCACCUGAAUGGAGGCCUUUCGAUGCCAGCUCUGAGGAUACUUUCCGCAUAUUCAAUCCCGAAAGUUUUUGUGUCUGCCUCCCUUCCUCCCUCGCUCAUGCUCAAAAUUCUCCAGUGCCUUUGGAUUUCCGAAGCUACAGAGAUGAGGAUUCCCAUCAAUCCCCCAAUGGCGAUAUGAAGCCAAAGUUUGUCGACAAGUCUAACAGCAAGCAGUACGAUCUGCCUGCUGUUCUUCAAAAGCUCGUCUGCCAUUUCAGGACGCACAGAAGACCCGAAUCGCAAGCGAUUAUCUUCUGCAAGUCCAAGGAUCAACCCGAAACCAUUUCUCAAAUCCUUAAAAGAGCUGGGCAGAGGGCCACAUGGUACAACUCGGAAGCUGGGGACAGGGAUCAAGUUCGCAAGUUCUUUGGCCCAGGCCAUGCCCAAGGAGAGUCCCAGAUCGACUUUCUCUGUUCCACCUCCGGUCUUGGUGCUGGCGUCAAUAUGCCAAAUAUUGAUGUGGUGUACUUCUUGGGUGAUCCUUGGGAUCUUUUCGAAGUUAUCCAGGGUGGUGGUAGAGGUGGUCGACUUGGGCAUCUUUUCAAGGUCUGUGUCUUCUCUGGAUCCUUCAACACGGCAGUUUUCUACACUCCUAAUGGGAACAGGCUUCUUAAGGAAUGGAUGCAGCACAACGUCUGCCGUAGGCUGACCAUUGGGAGUUAUAUGGAUGGGACCGAGGCAACGUGUCUCACCCUAAAUGCUGGCCAGUGCGACCUUUGCGUCCAAAGUGUACCAUUCAAGAGGGGUCACCAACCCACCUAUUCCCCGCUUCCCCGCGAUCCUCCUCUAACCUCUCGUCUGAUCCAAAACUCUUGGUUUCUCUUGCUUGACCAGGCUCACCCCCUUUUCCACCAAACAGUUUCAGCACCUUGCCAUGAGCAGGAUCAUUUGGUUGCCAAGAACCAAGUGGUCAUAUGGGAGAAUUUUAUCAUACGCUUCAACGCGCAAGUUGUCAUUCCUGUGACGGUUGUACCUACCUGCCCACGUGAUUGACAAGUCUAGCAGCAAACAGUACGAUCUGCCUGCUAUUCUUCAAAAGCUCAUCUGUCAUUUCCGGAAGCCCAGAAGACCCGAAUCGCAAGCGAUUAUCUUCUGCAAGUCCAAGGAUCAACCCUAAACCAUUCCUCAAAUCCUUGAAAGAGCUGGGCAGAGGGCCACGUGUUACAACUCGGAAACUGGAGACAAGAAUCGAGUUCCCAAGUUCUUUGGGCCUGGCCAUGCCCAAGGAGAGUUCCAGAUCGACUUUAUCGAGUCUUUUCGCCCCGAGCAGGCGUGGAUGCGCUUCGAGCUGGUAGAAAGCCAGGAGCACCCAGAGCUCGCUCGCUACCGUUACUGGUACGCUCACCGAGAUGCUUCCCCAGAGGCGGUGAAGAAGGCCAAGACUCGGGCCGCCAAGUAUGGGAAGGCCUAUAGGUCCGAGGCUCUCGCCAACUUGAGGGCCAUGGGAUACUACUGUGACUACUCGCCGAGGACCUUUGCUUGGUCCGAGGACUCGCAGGACAUGUUUCCUAGGCCUGCCGCCUAUAAACGAAAGAAGUUUCCCUUCCAUUCAACAGCGCAUCAAGACCUCAAAUGAGCUCCCCCUCAGAGAAUACUGAAACCACUCCGACCGCCAAGGAAGUCACUGGGCGGAGCAUCACCCCUGUCUUGGGGAGGACAACCCCAGAGAGAGCUAACGGCGGAGAUCGUGAGCCUGCUCGAGCCGCUAGGUUACAUAUUUUACGUUUAUAUCCGUUCAACCCGAAAAGAUGGCCUAUGCAUAUAGUUAGUAUAGCCUCAGGGCUUUAUAGCCAUUCCUCUGACGAGCAAUAGGAGAAGAAACCAAGCUUGGUCAGCUGACUUUGUAGUCAGAAGUUCGAGGGGCCAUGCUCCUCUUAUGAGGAAAGAUACUGCUUACCGCAGGGGUCAAGGAGCGGAGAUUGGAGUGGAAUGGAUACCUUAUUACUCGUACUUUUACUUUCUUUUACUUAGUUCACUCUAGGCUAGCUACCUGUGGUGUUUUCCUUAUUUAGAUAUAAUCUAUCUUCGUAUAUGCAGCCUUAUAGGCGGACGCUUUAUAGCGCAAGUACAGCAAGACUGUAUCUGCAACACCAACCUGCUCGACAUGAGAGCCGAGCUUGACUAAUUGUUACCA